GCUCGCACAGCGAUGCUCCAGUCAUCACUGUGCGCCGAGGCCAUUCACUCGUUACACCCAGCGAUGAUAAUUUGGGUUGGUUUCAUCACAUAUUAAUCUCAACGGGAAUUGACACACACUGGUUGUCUUGUGUCACACUGGGUAUAUAAUCGGCUAAACUCCGCCCCAACAGCUUCUCCAGCUGAUAGCCUGUGUGUUGCGUGCGUGUUUGGGAUUGUUGUGAUGGGAGGCCGCAGCCAUCUUGGAUCAGCGCCGCUCCACACCGAGCAGCGGGAGAGGACGAACGACGUUAACGGUAGAGCCAGUUAGCUAACUUUAGCUGCUCGAGGAGAUUAGAACCACAAUCUGCGUCGCCGUGAUUUGAACUGUGUUUUAGAUAGGCUGUUUUUCAUUAGCUGGCGCUCUAGAAUGGAUAUAUGCCGUGUUAAUCGUUUAAUAUAGUUCUGGGAGACCGGUUGUGCAGAUCCUUGGUACAAUUUUAAAAUUUCUGGAUAGAGGAGUUACUAUGAAUGGAGGAUAAAUGUUGCCAAAGGCUGACAGCAGCAGUUUCGUCCUCUUCUCUCUUCUCUUCGCCCUCACGUUAACGGACCCACCACGGACUGGUCCGCAGCUAGCUCUGGCAAGAUUAUUGUCAGAGCAGCGCUGCAGCCCUGGGCAGUUUGCCUGUCGCAGUGGGAAGAUGCAGUGUAUCCCAAUGUCCUGGCAGUGUGACGGCUGGACAGCAUGUGACGACAAGAGUGACGAGAUGGACUGUCCUCCCAUAAAGGAAGAAAGGUUUCAUUUUGGCAACGGAUAUGACCAGGUUGAAGACGUCAUUGGUGUGGCUCAGCCAGUGCGCUUUAACAAGAAAUGCCCCAGCGGGUGGCACCACUACGAGAAGACCGCCAGCUGCUACAAAGUGUACCUGAGGAACGAGAACUACUGGCAAGCUGUGGAGACUUGUCAGAAAGUCAAUGGCUCAUUGGCUACAUUUGUGACCAAUGAGGAGCUGCAGUUCAUACUGAAGAUUGAGGUGGAUUUUGACGACAAAGUCUGUGAGCGCAGAGACCAGUGCAAGUUUUGGGUUGGCUACCAGUAUGUGAUCACCAACCAGAACCACUCCCUGGAGGGCCGCUGGGAAGUAGCAUACAAAGGGUCGAUGCAGGUGUUUCUGCCACCUGAGGGUCUGACCAAUUUUGGAGAGGCAUCUCCCACCCAGGACAAUGUCUUCUGUGCUCAGCUGCAGCGCUUUCAGAUCAAAAGCAUGAAUGAACGAGGCCUGCACAGCUGGCACGCUGAGAACUGCUACAAGAAGUUUCCCUUUCUGUGCAAGAGGAGGCAAACAUGUGUGGACAUAAAAGACAAUGUUGUCAAUGAGGGCUACUACUUCACCCCUAAAGGGGACGACCCAUGUCUGAGCUGCACAUGUCAUGAUGGUGAGCCUGAGAUGUGUGUGGCCGCACUGUGUGAGCGGCCACAGGGCUGCCAGCACUUCCGUAAGGACCCCAAGGAGUGCUGCAAGUUCACCUGCCUGGACCCAGAUGGAAACAGCUUGUUUGACUCAAUGGCCAGCGGGAUGAGACUGAUUGUCAGCUGUAUCUCAUCCUUCCUCAUCCUCUCCCUGCUGCUCUUCAUGGUGCAUCGACUCCGUCAGCGCAGACGUGAGCGCAUUGAAACACUCAUUGGAGGAAACUUGCAUCACUUUAACCUUGGAAGACGAGUCCCAGGCUUCGACUAUGGCCCAGAUGCCUUUGGCACUGGCCUUACUCCCCUGCAUCUCUCUGAUGAUGGAGAGGGAGGCGCUUUUCAUUUUCAAGAGCCUCCACCGCCAUACGCAGCCUACAAAUACCCCGACAUCGAGCACCCUGAUGACCCCCCUCCUCCGUAUGAGGCUUCCAUCAACCCAGACAGCCUCCUCUACGUCGACCUCGGACACAGUGGGGUUCCUAUGGUGCUGAGCCAAAUGAAUGCCAUGGGAGACAGGAUCCAGGGUGAUAUUCCCAACACUUCUGUUCCUGUGUCAGAUUUGGCACCAUCCUCUCAGGACAGGGAGGACUCCAUAGAUAGCAGCACACUCCUAGUGGGGCCUGACACUCCAACAGAUGGCCACGCCCCCACUUCUAUGCCCGCAGACUGCACCUCCCUCAGCACCAUGGUAUAGGGCUGUGGCUGGACGGCAGGGAGCUGCACCCAGACAUUACCUGCUUGUGGAGGAAGGUCACAGAUGCAUUCCACACUGGGAGAGGAUGCAGCAGACUAUUGUCAUUGAUAUAAAAUGCUGACUAUAGAGAGGAGAGUGUGUAGAGACUUUUCAGACAGUGGAGCAGUGUGUUUCUUUGAGCUUUCAUAGUGACGAGAGGAUGCCCUCUGUCUGAAGACACUGCAUUUGGACUUCUGAGUGCUGUUUUUUUUUUUUAAGACUCUUUCAUAUGAGGGAACAGGGAGAACCAUUACUGUACAUAGAAGAAAAACUCUACGUUCAAGCUAAGGAGGCUGCACUUUUACUAUUAACAUCAAUUGGGCAGAGGUGUGGAAACAUCUUGGCAUGAGUCUGACUGCUCGAGAAGCCCUGAUGUAAAUACCGCCUCAGCCUGUGCCACUCAAAUUUGUAAUACUUGUCUCUCGGUCCAGCACAAGACAAAUAGUGACAGAUAGACAGUGCAGCCAGGUUUUGUUCCUUGUGCGUUUUCCUUCGCAUCAUACUGUCAUUCAAAUUGACCUGUUUGUAAUGAUUUAUCAGUCUCCAGUUUACAGUAACAUUCUCAUCUUUCUGUUGCAGCAUGUUCCAGGUUUCGACUCACUCAUAAAACCCUACUGCCCCCCUCACUUUCUUGUUUCUGCUACACGAUGCCGUCUUCCAGGUUUAUAGCACAUAUUUGCAGCAAAAGAUGUCUGUAGUUCAGAGAUUCAACCUUAUUAGAAGGUACAGCUUAGUGUCCUGUCAUAGGAUUUUUCUUAGGUAAUGCUGACACAAGGCGUUAUGUAUUAACGACUUGUGGUACUGAUAAAUAGGAGUUUGGUAUUAUGUUCUUUUUGAUGAUGAUUUAUGAUUGUUUUACUGUGGGAAAGACAGAUUGGGCUUUUCAAGUGUAUGUGUGAAGAUUGGGGACAGUAUCUCCUCAUUAUCAUAGGAAAUAAAGAAGUUAUUUCAGUAACUUUUCCAAUCAUAAAGUAAUUUAAUCAUGCAGACUGUCCCAGUUUUGUUACUUUAUCAUCAACUCUUGGAAGUUAGUUGUGUAUUUUCUAGCUUAAACCAUGCUCGGUGACUGAGUUGUUGGCACGCUCAUUCCUCGAUCAAAUCAGGUUUUGUUUUUGUAAAGUAAUUAGUCACAUUUAGAUGCUGACCUGUUUGUGUGUGAUUCUUCACGCGGUGUAUCUCUUGUUUUCAGUUACUGUGGCUGAUGAUGUCACUGACUGUAGCUGCGAGUCUUCUCUGUUUUGGUGUUAUUGGGUCUGUUCUUGUUUCUCAGUGGGAUCAUAGUAAAAAAUGUAAUAAAAGAGAAGUGUAAAUUUGGAACAAGUUAGACCCAUGUUAUGUUGACAAUCGUUAGAUUCAGGAUGAAGAGUUGGUCGACCCACAGCCACCAGCAUUCAACGGGCUUUUGAUCUGCUUCGAACAAAACAGCUAUCGAUGUGUCCGAAUGACUGUAUCUCAUGCUUGAAUGUACUGUAUGUAGAAAACAUUUUUUUUUGUGCUCAGGCUUAUUUUCCCCACUUUGAUUUUUGGCAUUUUGACAAUCCACAGUGGAUUAUUUAUGAAAUCUCAUACAUUGUGGAAAAAAGUAAAGUGAUGUGCAUGUGUGUGUAUAGGAGAUGGUGUCCUGGUGUGGCUUUUUUAUUUUUUUUUUAUUUUAUUUUUUUUUGUAUUUUCCUCCAUCAACUUUGUUUGGUUAUUUUUUCUGCUUUUUGGACCUGCGGUGCAUGUUUUUAUCUUCUCGCAUGCUGAGAAAUUUUCUUUUAUGGAAACCUUUUUAGUUCACUGUGUCCUGUACAGUAGGUUCAGAGACUCCUGCAUAUAGUUUAAGAUCUCUCUAUGCGUCAAAAACAUGCCUAUGACCCAAAUUGCUGCAUUUACACUGUAGUUCCUGUGCUAGACUAUGGUGACGUGAGAGCUAAUUUUUCUGGAUUUGAAAUGUUUUAUGUAUAAUACAACAAAUGCUACAUUUCGUCUUUAUUUCAUUUUACAAAAUGCAUCAGUUGCAGGGCGAGCUUGUGUUUUUUGUUUUUGUUUUUUUUCCUGAGAUAGAUGUACAUCUAAUCAAAUGCCAAAUAAAUUGCACCAUGAAGGACAAUUCAUGCGUCACUGGGUA